GUUAUUCCUAGUCCGAUAAUAAACGCACGGUCCCUUUUUCUCUUAUCAGCCCCUCAGGCCCCUCCAAAAUCUUUGGACCCCUCGGACCCCUCUAUUGGGAGAGGGAAAUCGCGGGGCACUAUUGAAAUUUCCCAGUUCGCGUUUAUUACUACCAACAUAGAGGUACGAGGUACACUGUUUUAUUUUUAUCCAGGUGGCACCUUCACAUCUAUAUCGCUCCGGUGUGACUCAAAUAUCCGCCGUUCUUAAACUUGUCACAUUAAUUUUAUUUUGUGGUAAUACCUUCAUCCUCUUUUUUAAUUUAGUUAACUAUUUCGAGAGAACCUUUUCGCCGUAUCAUCGAGUAGUAAACCAGGAGACGAUAAACAUGGAGAACAAGCCAGUCGAGCAAUCCAAGAGCGCCCUUAAAAAGGCCGAAAAGGAGGCUAAGAAAGCUGCCGAGAAAGCUGCAAAGGCAGCAAAGCAAGCUACUCUUCCAGUUGUCGGCUCGGGUGGAAAGAAGGUAGACGAUAUCAUUGGAAUUACUACCUCCAAGGCGGACAACUUCGCGCAAUGGUAUCAAGAGGUCGUGCUCAAGGCCGAGAUGGUCGAGUACUAUACCGAAAUUUCGGGUUUCUACAUUAUGCGUCCUGCAACUAUGUAUAUCUGGAACGUCAUUCGCAAAUGGUUUACGGAGAACAUCGAGGCUUUAGGUGUUGACGAGACCAACUUCCCCAUGUUCUUAUCCCAGAAGUCGCUAGAGAAGGAGAAGAGCCAUGUCGAAGGUUUCGCCCCUGAACUCGCAUGGGUAACAAAAGCUGGUGAUAAGAACCUCGAGGUUCCAGUCGCAGUUCGCCCUACCUCCGAAGCAGUCAUGUACCCUUACUAUGCAAAAUGGAUUCGUAGUCACAGAGAUCUUCCUUUUAGAUUGAACCAAUGGAAUUCGGUCGUACGAUGGGAAGCGAAGCAAACCACCCCUUUCUUAAGAGCACGAGAAUUUUUGUGGCAAGAGGGCCACACCGCGCACUUGACCGAAGAGCUUGCCGGCGAGGAGGUCUUACAGAUCCUAGAGCUCUACGCUUCCAUAUAUGAACAGCUCUUGGCAGUCCCUGUCGUGCGAGGCCGAAAGACCGAGAAUGAGAAAUUCGCCGGUGGGUACUACACGACUACGGUAGAGGGCUAUAUCCCUUCCAACGGACGAGGCAUCCAGGGCGCCACCUCGCAUUGUCUUGGUCAAAACUUUAGCAAGAUGUUUGACAUCACCGUUGAAGACCCGAACGAGAAGGGAAAGCACAUCAAUGUUUGGCAGAACUCGUGGGGUCUAUCAACCCGAGUUAUUGGCGUGAUGGUCAUGAUUCACGGUGAUGACAAAGGCCUGGUCCUCCCUCCGCGAAUUGCCAAGAUCCAGACAGUUCUGAUCCCUGUCGGUAUCACCAAGAGCACUACUCCUGAGGACAGGGCCAAGCACAGCGAUAAACUCGCCGAAAUCAAGCAGACCCUCAAGACGGCAGGUGUGCGCGUUGAGGUCGAUACGAGAGAAGGAUACACCCCGGCUUGGAAGUUUAACGACUGGGAACUAAAAGGUGUCCCUCUCCGUCUAGAAUUCGGGCCAAAGGAUGCGGCCAAGGAGGUUGUCAGCUUCGCUCGCCGAGAUACCGGCGAGAAAGGUACCAUUCCUCUUACUGAGCUUGCUACGAAGGUCCCCGAACUCCUUGAAACCAUCCAGAGCGAUAUGUACAACAAGGCAGAGAAGGCUUACAGAGAGCACCGUGUUAUCGUCAAGAAGUGGGAUGACGUCCUCCCUGCUCUGGAUGCCAAGAACGUGGUGAUCAUCCCCUUCUGCCUCGACGGCAAAUGCGAGGACAAAAUUAAGGAACUUACGACCGGCCGCACUGAUGAAGACCCUAACACCCCAGAAGCACAGAAGGCUCCGUCGAUGGGAAUGAAGAGCUUGUGUAUUCCUUUCGAACAGCCAGAAGGCUUAGUCCAUGGGGAGACCAAGUGUUUGAACCCAGAGUGUGAACGGCUGGCUGAGAAGUUUGUCAUGUUUGGACGAAGCUACUAAGCAAUUAAUUGCGAAAAGAAAUCCUUAUAUCUCAUGACGGAGAUUUACGCGGAGUCGGUUAGGUAGGCGCGGUUAAGAUAUCACAUGUAGCAGCGACGUGCGCUCUCAAGUUAUAGAGUAUGGUAGCUCUGCUUUAGGAAUGAUAAAAUGCUAUUGGCCGGACAUGUACACUUGGCAUCUUUCCGUUUAAUCGGGGGUAACGUGGCUGCCCUCUAAAAAGCAAGAAGAAAAAAAGAAAAAAGAAUCAGAGGUCUAGAUUUUUGGAUGUGACUGAGCUUCUAGACUUCCGAUCUAAGCCACUGUCACAUCUCAUCCGAAUCAUGUAUCGGUAACUACCGCUAGAUCCUCAUAGCAUACCUAAGCUAUAAUCCCAACUGUGAGCGAGCAUGUAUAAUACAACUUGUAAGGUUGAAUCUAUACGGGCAACCGAGAUUUCGGUUGUUCUCUACAUCGUCAGAUGGUGAUGUAUUGUUAGGGUGGGAUGUAAGAUUGGCACUUGCUAAAGAAUAUCACAUCUCACAAGAAGAUAUAUCGUUUGCAGGAAGAUAGUCCUGAAGAAUACCUAGC